CAGCUAGCUGUUAGAGCGCUUUCUGGCCAGCAGAAGUUUAUCACACACGCACAAGUACCGAUGUUCUUUCCCACUGCAGUGGCGUCGAUCGCCCGGUGCCCGCGAGAGCUGUGGCUGAUAUUCCUCCUCCAGUACCUCGAAUCGUACGCCUACUUCGUCUUCUCCCACACGCUCAUUCCCUUCCUCACCGAGGAGAUCGGCUUCGAGGAGGCCGGCCUGGCGUACGGCAUCUUCGGCAUGCUCGUGUCAGUGUACGGCUUUGUCAUCGGCAUCAUCAUAGAUAACCUGGGGGUCAAGUGGAGCCUCGUAGGCGGGACAGCCAUACUCUUCUGCUCCCGCCUGAUGCUGACCUUCAUCACCGACGUACACCUCCUGACGCUCAUUCUGUUCACGGCGCUGCCCGUGGGCUCGGCGAUGGGCAUUCCCGUCAUGCAGGUCAGGUGGGGGAGGGAGAGAACCGAGGCCCGCCAGUGAUGGAUGCCGACGAUACGAUGUGUGUGGGUUGUGUUUUGUGCGGUGUGUUCAGAUUGGCAUUCGAAGGUACACUGACGAGGGCAACAGGAGCCUGGGCUACUCCAUCCUCUACGUCAUGAUGAGCCUCGCAGCCAUAUGCGCUGCACCGACAGUUGGUAACCCCCCCUCCCACGAACACACACAGAGAGAGCCAUGCACACAGAUGCACACGAAGCCCAUCUCUAUGUGUCGGCGUGUGUGCAGAUGCCAUCCACGAGGCCUUUCCGACGGGCGUGGCCAUCGCCUUCGGCGCCCACACGUACAGGAUAUCCUCAUCCAGGCUGCUCAUAUUCGCCGGGGCCGUCAUGACCCUCGUCAGGUCAGCCAGGCACACCCAGCACACACAGCCAUCUCACACAAGAGAGAGGCCAUUGUGUGCUGGGUGUGUGUGUUGCAUGCAGUUUGGGGGUAUCGCUGGUGUGCAUGCGGGAGGUGUCGACGUCGCCACAGGGGCUGGUCUGCAGAGAUACGGGCCGGGAGAAGGCCACACGCGACACAAACACCGAGCAGAAGGGGCUCUUCGGCGCAUUCAAGUGAGCCAUCUAGAGGGGAGGAUGUUUGCUGGCCUGCUCGCAUCGUAUGUCUGUGUCUGUAUGUGUGUGUGUGUGUCUGUGUGUGUGUAUCAGGGAUGUGUUGAACCAGCCGAGCUUCUGGCGGUUCUUUUUGCUGGUGGUAUUGCUGUUGGGCGUGCGCAUGAUAUACGGACACCUCGACGCAACCUUCCCAAAAUACAUGGUGGGCAGGGCACCUCACACACACACAGGAGCAUACCCCUGUGUGUGCACUGUGUGUGUAUGUGUGUGUAUGUGUGUGUGUAUAGGUGCGUGAGUUCGGCAAGGAUGUCAUGUCCGGGUCGAUCAUCGCCAUCAAGCCGCUGUGUGUGGCCAUAGUGGUGCCCCUCCUCGCAUUGGUCAACAUGCGCCUCCACCCACUAAAGAUGAUAAUCGUCGGCGUGUCGCUCUCGGCGCUGUCGCCGUUCCUCCUCGCCAUGGGACACACCUACACCACUGCCAUCGGGUCAGCCAGCCAGGGAGGGAGGGAGGGGCCGCUGUUGUCAAUCUGUCCUGUAUUUCCCCGUGUGUGUAGGUUUGUGACCCUCCUGUCACUGGGCGAGGCGAUUUGGUAUCCGCGAUUCUACGAGUACACCGUCGCCGUUGCCGCAAAGGUUAGACGGGGAUGUGGUGGUGGCGGGAGCACAGACACAUCACAUGAGUGUCCCCGUCUGUCUGUGUGUGGUUUGCGGUGUGUGUUUGAUUGAUCAGGGUCGUGAGGGCACUUACAUGGCGUUGGCGUCGACGCCCAUGUUCAUGGGCACACUAGUGACGGGCGCCAUGUCGGGCUGGCUGCUCGACACAUUCUGCCCAGAGACCGGUUCGCGUCACUCCGAGAUGGUGUGGUUCAUCGUGGGCUGCGUGAGCAUCACAUUGCCGCUCGGCAUGAUGCUCCUCUACGGGAUUAUUAAAGACAAGGUCACACUCACACACACGCUCGCACCUUCUCGCACACCCAAGGCGCCGUGUGUGUGUGUCUGCAGGCCCACCGUGUGCGCUCUGCCUCGUCAGUGCAAAUAACGCUGACGGCCGACGAGCGUGAGAAGGAGCUCCAGCGUCUGGAGGGGGUGCUUAAGAGCUCCAACUCGGUCCCUCGCCUGUCUGCCUACGCCACUCUGCCGUCGACCGUCACGGCCACUGACCUGAGCACCAGCAUCACCAUAGUGCCGGCGGUGAUGCUGGCAAUUGCGUGCGGUGGUGCUGCCGCCGUGGCGUGUGUGUUGGUGCCCCUGCCCCCGGCUGUUUUGCUAGUGCUGAUGGGUCUAUGUGUGUGGCUGCCCAGCACCACCCACAGCACCCCCCGCACUCGCUCUCAGCACCACCACGACAGCACCGCCACAGUCACCACCCCCACCCCCACCCCCAGGACCACCACCACCGCCACAGGGCCCAUCAAGCCACCCCCCUCCCGCAUCCCGCGGGCGCGCCGAGACAGAGGACCCCCUUCGUAUCUCGCCCUCGCGCACCGCGCGAUCAGGAGCUGCACUGCCCCCCUCACACGCCUUCCCUACCGCCGCCUAGAGUUCGCGGUAGGCGAGCUGCAGCUCAUCGCGGCCUUCAAGCAGCACAAGGAGCGGGUCGAGCGGGAGGCCGAGCGGGAGGCCGAGAAGGCCAGGCAGGAGGCCAAGAAGGCCAGCAUGGCGGCGCUCGAGGAGUCGCUGCGCAGCAUGCUGGUCUUCGAGCAGCAGCAGCAGCAGGACGAGAUGGCGAGGAGGGCCAGUGAGGCGGCGUUCGAGGAGUCCAUCCCCAGCAUGGUCACGGUCGGCCAGCAGCAGGGGUUGCUCCCCACGUACGUAUAUAACAUACACAAACCCAGACAGACAGACAGACAGAGGAGGCGCCAUGCAUUCGCUCAUUUCGAUGUGCCACAUUCAUUGUCAGGCCGCCCCCCAGCCAUCCACACGAACGUGCUGCUCGCCGCCGUGAGACCCGCCGCAGGAUCGAGACCAUCAUCCCUCGUCACGAAGAAGAGAAGGCGCUCGAGGAAAGGCGGCUCGAGGAUAUCCGCCGGCGGGAGGAGGAGAGGUUGAAGCGCGAGGCAGCCCUCAGCGAGCGCGAGUCGGCCAUUCGCGAGCGCCUGCGCGUCGUGGAGGCCCGCCUUUGGUGGGUCGUCCCCCGCGAGCAGUGGCACAGACAGGUACACAAACACAAUCCACACAGCACAGAUGGCCACUCAGGCACACACACACACACACACGCAAUCAAUGUCUGUUGUGUUGUGUUGUGUUGUGUUGCACCUCGCAGACUAAUCUGCCGCCCGUGGCGCCCGUCUCAGACACGACGGAGGACUAUGACCACCACCGCCUCCGCAACCUGCCCAGGGAGGUGCCCAUCGCGUCGCCAAUCUACUACGCGCGCCAUCGUACCACCGACACCCGCGCCCCGCAGCACCAGCAGCCCGAGGCCGCGCAGGAGACCGACGGUGACCUCCUGACCAUCCCGGACGACCUCCUGCCCAUCCAUGACCCAGAGGAGGAGCAGCAGGAUGAUGAGGAGGAGCAGGAGUUGCUCACCGAGAACCGGGCGUCGUGCGGCAUGCGAGUGCGCUACGACGACCACAACCGCCCGUCUGUCCGCAAAGCGGCGGAGGAAGCGGCGGAGAAAGCGGAGGCUGAAGCGGAGGCUGAAGCGGCCCGCCGCCGAGAGGCGACCAGCCGCCGAAGGGUGGUGCCCCCGAGCCGAUGGGUCAAGGUGACCCCGCCAACCAUCCGACGCACUCCCACCGGCACACCCAUGUUUGUGCGCGGACGACAGGCAGCAGCGGCGGCGCGCCUGGCCACCCCCGGCCCUGGCUUCGCGCGGCGCCGCUAGGGGUGUGGUGCUGUGGCUGAAUGGCUGGCUAGCUGACGGAUGGAUGGACGCACAACGGUGAUAUUUGUGCUGCUUUCGCGACGAUGGUCUGUGUCAUAUGUAUGUGAUGGGUGACGGGCCGUGGUUGCUGGAAGGGCUGUGGUUGCUGGCUUGAAUGGGUCAAAGUGGAUGGAUGGCUGACAUGUCUGUCGUGUGAGUGGAGGGAGGGAUGGUGCAGAGAGAGCCUCGUCAGUUUUUUCAACAGCAGUGAAAUGGACACUGUGCGUGCGUGUGAGUGAUUUGUCGAUCGGUGGCGUGGGUGUGGGUGUGGGGGGUGUGGGUGGUGUGCGGCCUGGCUGCUUGCGUAUUAGUGGAGCGUACACACACGGCACAUCCCAGCAGAUAUUUGUGAGUAGUCGACUGACAUGAUUUGUGCGAUUUAUGCGAUUUUUGCGUCAUGUAGUGUGCACAGCUUGUCUGGUACCCCGUGUGUGUGUUUAUAAUGCCUUGUGACUGCCGUAGGAGAGGAAAGGCUUUGGAUUUUCUCCUCCCUGCCUGUCUCCUUCCUUCCUCCCUGGCUGUCUGUCCGUCCGUCUGUCUGUCUGUCUGUCUUGAGGUAGGUGUCUGUGCUGUCAUGGUAAUGAGCGAUGUUUGUGCUGCUUAGAUCGGCUGUGCUGCUUUCCUUUGUGUGGCCUACUUUAGUCCGUUUACACCCCAGCCUCACACACAUACACACACAUGCCAUCCCAUUCUAUGCCUACGGGAUAUUUUUGUGUCAUCUUGGGUUGGUGAUGUCUUCCGACCCCGCACUGCACGACAAUGGCCACACCACAAUGGCCAGAGAGAGAGGGACAAGGAGAGAGGGGGAGAGGGAGAGGCACUAACUAACACAGAGCCCACCACAAGGCAACACACCACAACAGAACAUACCUAAGUGCAUCUGUCUGUGAGUGAGCCUAAUUUUUAACUUAAUGAAUGCAUGGUGCAGGCAGCUGUCUGCCGUGCCGUGAUGUGUACCUACGGCCAAGCCGUUGACUGUGUGUGGCUGUGUGUGUGUGUCUGUCUGUGUGCGGCGCCUUCCGAGAGAGAGAGGGUGCACGUGUUUAUACAGAUGUGAGAGCAGACGGCCCUUUUGGUGCCUGCAUGGUCCAUCCCUCCCCCCACCCACCCAUCAGUGUGUUGCCCAACGGACGGGCCGUGUGGAUGCAUUCUAGUGCAUUGAUGUGGAUGUGUAUGAGUGCGUCGCCACGUGUGGUGGGUGCGUGUGAGCGAGGAGAGAGAGGGAGGUGUCGUCGUGAUGCGCCACACGUCCAUCUAUCCACCUCUGCCUGCCCGCUGCCGUCCCCCAUGUGUGUCACUUUUUACUCAGUUUUUACCGUCAUUUAUGCGUCCG